AUAAAAUAUACACCUGGAAAGCGGAAGUCUUGUCAAAACGAAACAAGGAUUACAGUUGUCAGACAGGUGAAGGACACUCUCUCGCGCCCUGUGUUCAAAUCAUCGGCACCAACUCAGUUCCAAGUUUCGCAAUGUCCUGUGAGAGCCGAGAAUCUGGAUAUGUGGACAACUGGCAGUCAGGGAAGACUGUCACAGAGUGUAAUCUGCGCAUGCUCGACACGGAAGACUUCUGUGACGUCACUUUCUUAUUGGGGUCAGAGAAACAGGUGGUCCGAGCUCACCGCUACGUUCUUGUCAGUCGCAGCUGUGUCUUCCAUGCAAUGUUCUGUGGCCCCCUGGCGGAGAAAGGGGAGGUAACCAUUCCUGACAUUGCUGCAGACAUCUUCAAAGAGUUCCUGAGGUAUGUGUACACAGAGAAGACUACUAUCAACGCUGAAACAGUCACAGGACUAAUGUACACCUCCAGGAAGUAUUCUCUGGAUGCAUUGUACGAUCUGUGUGUAACGUUUCUGGAGACGUCCCUGUCAGAAGACAAUGUCUGCCAGAUCCUGGAGCAGUGUCAUGGUUACGGGGAGCUAGACCUGGAACAGAAGGCCCUGAAGAUCCUGACUGAAGGAGGGGAGAGAGUCAUCCAGUCUCCAGGGUUUGUAGAUCUCUGUCCUUGUUGUCUGGAAAAGUUCCUCAAAUCAAACACUCUGAACCUGAAAGAGUCCGACAUAUUUGAAGCAGUCGUGUCGUGGACAAAGGAGCGGUGCAGGAAGGAAGGUGUGAGUGACACGCCUGAGAACCGACGGAGACUCCUGGGAGAUAUGAGGUAUGAGAUCCGGUUUACCAGCAUCCCCCUGGAGUAUCUGGUGAAGGUUGUCGGCCGAUCUGGUGUGCUGACAAACAGUGAGAGAGUUCAGAUAAUUGACAGAUCUGUUGACUCGACUGUUGAUAUGUCUCCAUUUACAACUGUACAGAGAAAGAAGUCGGGCGUUGCUCAGAUGCAGGAGCUCAAUAUUUAUAAACAUGUAAGCAGAUUUCGAUAUGCGUCAGAUUGUUGGUAUUUUGCUGAUACAAUCAGCAGGCAUGCUAUCUCGUUUUCUGUCACUCACAACAUUCACCUGAAAGGAUUUCAGCUCUACCGUGAAGAGAGUAAUGACGACUUCCUACUGAGUAUAAGGGUGUAUGACCAAAAUAACAUAGUUGUUGCUGAACCCUUAUUGAACACAUGGAUGACUCUUCACAGGAACCAAGAGAUGACUGAUGUCCUAUUUCCCGAGUCUGUACCACUGCAGCCAAGCACAACCUACAGUCUGUGUGUGGACCUACAUCCCGGUAGCUAUUACACUGGGUUUGAUGGAAAGAAGACUGUAACCAGUGAUGGAGUACAGUUCACAUUCUCACACUCCCCACUUGACACUGCAGGAACAUCACCACAGUGUGGAAACAUACCUGGCUUGAUAUUCAGCAUCCCAACAGAGAUGAAGUGUUUGAAAAGAUGGUGAUACUGUCAAUUCUUCCACUCAACCAUGGGAUGAGAUAAUGACCACAACAUUCAGCUAACAUCCUGUGUGCGUUUGUACAGGAUUUGAUGUGAAUACUUUAUUGAAAUUUCAAUUGGAUGUACUUUUAAACAACACUGACAGCUUGUGCAAUUGUAUGUUACGUUCACAUGUUACAUCAUUUUCGUUUCAUAGUUUCUAUAGAUUGACUGUCUGCCUGUGUAAUAAUGCGAUUUACAUAUCAAAUAAUCAAAUAUUGUACUACACACUGAAGUGUUUUAAUGUUUCGAUUGCAGCUUAACACAUCUUCUUACAUCAAGUGAUGCGUGCAUGUCUAAGCGUUACUGUUUUGAAUGUACAAAGAUGUUGCUCCAAGCUGUGUACAGUGAUUAGCCCCUGCCUACAGAAACAAAUACCUUAUUGGGUUGUGUUUCGCCGCCGUCAGACAUUCUUUAUAUAUAGACUCACAACACCAGGUACACUUCCAAAUUUCAUUUUAAUCAUCAUAUUUCAUUAAUUAAAUACAGUUAAGUUAGCGAGAAAAUAAGUCAAUUCUUAACAUUAAGUCCAAAAAUGGCAUACUCGGUUCUCUGCUAACACGGGUUCGUCUAUUCAAAUAAAUAUAAUGUUAGCCAAAAACAUAAUGGGAAUAAGUCAGGCAGGGCAGGGUAACUACGGCAGUCUGUAAUCGUUGUCUCCAAUCGAGGACCUUUACAACUUCAACUGUAACGGAUUUGUUUUCUUCUCUAAUGAUCAGUGUACACACACACACGCAUGCACGCACGCACGCAAACAAAACAAAACAAACAAUCUGUCGACAUUGUUCGUGGCGUUGAUAAAAUAUUUGGCAAUAUAUGAGUUCAAUGCCUUGCUGAACUAUGUCCCAAUCCAGAUAUGCAGAAAAUUAUCAGAUUAUAGAACUUUCUUUGGCAAUAUAUUAAUUCAGUGCCUUGCUGAACUAUGUCCCAAUCCACAUAUGCAGAAAAUUAUCAGAUUAUAGAACUUUCUUUGGCAAUAUAUUAAUUCAGUGCCUUGCUGAACUAUGUUCCAAUCCACAUAUGCAGAAAAUUAUCAGAUUAUAGAACUUUCUUAUUGAUAUUCCACUUUUAAAUUAUUGAUUGUACCUGCAGCUCACAUCAAAAGGAGGAACCAUGGUGAUAGAAAGCCAGCAACUCAUUAAUGUGAUUACUACAUCAAUAUUGACAUUAAGUAUGGGACAUUGCACCUGUAAUUCUGUUUGUGUAACCUGAACAUAUGAUUUGAAUCACCCCCGCUAGAAACAUACUCUCUUUCACUACGCAAGCAAGCUACAUUCAUGUGUUAUUCAAUAAAUCGCAAU